GGCCGCGGACGGGCAGCCAGCAGCACCCCCGCACGCCCCAGCGCCAGGCAACCUCCGAGGGGCCACACCGGACAGCGCCUCUGUGUGCAGGUGUCGGCCACUCGCACCGGGUCGCACACACAGACCCGCCGCCGCGCCCGCCCCGCGGCCCCGCCCCAGGUGCGCCCUCCCGGAGGCCGCGGGGCGGGCGCUGUGGAGCUCUGGGCGGCCCUCGGCGGCGGCGCGAUGUGCUCGGCCUGGGAGCCGAGAGGCGGCGGGGCGCUCGGCGACCACUGGGACGCGCUGGCGGAGCGGGCAGCGGCGCGGGCCGAGCGGGGCCCGGGGGCGAGCCCGAGGCGGCGGCCACCGGAGCAGCGCGAGCAGGAUGUUGAAGAAUCACGUAACCACGCUGGCAAUCACGUUGCAGACGACUACAAGAAGAUGGGAACCCUUUUCGGGGAACUGAACAAGAGCCUCCUCAACAUGGGCUUCACAAGGAUGUACUUUGGAGAACACGCUGUGGAACCAGUGAUAGUCAUUUUCUUCUGGGUUCUGCUGUGGUUCCUUGGCCUCCAAGCCCUUGGACUAGUUGCUGUUCUGUGCCUUGUCAUUGUUUAUAUGCAGCAGUAAAAUACGGCCAGUUGGGCUGGUAUUCAACAUUUGGCAGCCAUGUAUGUAAUUGGUGAAGUUACGUAUUUUACUACAUGAAAGCCAAAAAGGUUGCCUUGUUUCAAAUCGUGUGCUAUUUUGUAAUUAAACUUAGAAGUGGAUGUUGUUUAAAAUUAAACUCAACUCUUGGUUAUAACAUGGUUGAAUAUACAUUUUGCAGCUUAUUCAAAACUCUUAAUUUGCUAAUGUGAUGUGCGCCCACUUUUAAACACCCCUAUUCCUGGGUCAAAUCUUAACUAACAACACCACAGAGUGAGCAGGGAAAAUAACAGGGUGUGGUAUUCAAAUCAGGUAACAGUAUACGUCUUGUAAAGAGUCCCAAAAACACAUUAGAAGAAAAAGGAUGACACAAGAAGCCAAACAUAAGUUUUAAUUGGAGAAACGCUCCCCACCCACCGUCACCAAAUGAUCCCAUGUUGUUUGGGAAAUAGUUCAGAUCUGUGUUGUCCCUGCUGAUGCCUAGCCACGGUCUGGGUGAUGAUGACUACACACGACGUACAGAUUCUCAUGAAAAGCAGGAGAGCUAGCACAUCUAAAGAUUGAAAGGAAUAGAUUUGUUUUUGCGGGGGAAACUUUCCAAGUUAAAUAUAACUUUUUGUGGGACUUGAAUGACUUCAGUAUAUCAUUUGAAGUUUUAGAAAACUUUGGUGCUUUUUACUUUUUGUGAAUUGUUAAAGUCUCAGAAGCCAGGACCAUAGCUGACUGAAACAUUUUCAGUGUCUGUUUUUGUUUUUUUGUUUUUCAGAAAUUUACAGAUUAUAGUUUUUUUGUAGCAAUGAUUCUAUUUUUUAUCUUGGCAUAAUCCCCCCAACUGAUUUGUAUUGUAGCUGAAAUACUUUACUACUCUUUUCAGAAAAAAGUGAGCUUUCCCCCUAAUAUCUGUAUGGGGAAGGACAGUAGUGCUGCAUAAACCCAGAUGCUCAAAUCUGGAACCUAACAGCCAGUGAUAAAAAGGCUAAGUCAGUAACCAGCCAGCCACACAAUUACUGUGUCUUAAUUCAGCACUGUGGAGUUUUAUGUGGAAAUAAGCAUUUCUUUAAAUAUACUGACUGAUAUUUUGGAUUUGUUAGAGAAUUUAGAAUCUUUACAUUUUGUCUCAGAGACUUUCUAUAUAAACAAAAGAAGUGUAGUUAAGAUAAUUAUCUAGAAAUUAAAAUUAAAUCAGGAAAGUGGCACAAUGGGGCAUUUUUAUCUUUCGAAGGGUAAUAACUAAAGCAUGUAAAGUUUUUGCUACUGUACUUUGUAAAGUUUUUGCCCCAACCCUGUUAUAAAAAAAUUCACUCUGUAUGUCCUCAGUGUCUUCCAUUUUGAAGCAGAAAAUUAAUUUAAAAUAAUCAACUUUAAGUUCUAAAAUCAGCUAUUUCUGAACAAAAAUGCCAGUAAGAGAGCACUAAAAAGUAUUACAUGUUUGUAUAAAUGCAGACCUCUCAAAGUUUUACUU